AUGAAGGUUGAUGAAACCCUGUUUGUGUAUCUCACUCGUCUUCUCAAGUUGGUGAAUCAGAUGAAGGGUUAUGAGGAAGAAUUACCCAGAGCACAUUUGGUUCAGAAAUUGCUCAUAAGCUUGACCAAAGAAUUUGAUCCUAUUUGCUAUGUGAUCGAGCAAACUAAGGACAUUGAAACUAUUGAGGUGCAAGAGGUUAUUGCUGCAUUGAGGGAAUUUGCACAGCACCUUGAUAUGCAUGCUGAGAGUACCACUCAGCGAGCUUUUAGUAGUAUGAAUGUGAAUCCAAAGGAAACUCAGUUAAAUACAAAGAAGAACUGGAAAUUGAAGGGAAAGAAAUGGGAUCCUAAGCCUCAAAACUCUAUCAAUCAAGGUGGAAAAAAUGAUCAAGAGAGAAAAUAUGAUUAG